AUGCACUUGAACCAGCAAGAUCUAUUAUUGGUACAUUUGAGUGACGGACAAAGAAUCGGGUACUUGGUAAUAUCGCUAAUCAACCUAUUAUGCAACUGUGCUGUUUUGAGUAUAUGGUGGAGCACUAGUAUAUCAUCAGUUUAUUUGUUGUUUGCAAGUAUCAAUGUCAUUGAAAUAUUGAUAAGUAUAAGUAUCAUUCAAAUCAAUUUGGAUCUUAUCAAUAUCUCGUUUGAUCGGCCGGCAAAGAAGAUGCACAACUUAUUUGUUUUGUGCGGUGCUUUUAUGAUUGGCCAGAGCAUAAUGGGUAUCAGUAUUGUUGUGUUGAUCAAUGAGAAAAACAGACUAAGCGAAAUAAUCGGAAGGCUAAUUUUCACGUAUGAUGUUUUGUCCUUUUGUUUAGGAUUGUUAUACGUUGCAUGUACUGCAGUGGCCAGCGUAAAGUUUGAUUACAAGCCAAUGGAUGGGUUGAAUGAAAUACCAAUAAGCUUACCUAUUUUGUUUGGUAUAACAGUUGGUAUCUUAAUGAUUGAAAUUGGCUGCUCGAGAUAUUUUAGAAUUAGAACAUUACAGACCUUGUAUGAAGUUGAGGAAUACGAUUUAUGUGGACUAACUGAACAUCAAAAGCAAGGAUGGAGUAAGUUGAUCAACUUGAAUAGGAAAUAUAAUGCUGGAAUCAGUGGCGAAAACGUUAUUAGUUUAAUGGAAAACUACCUUCAUGCUGAAUUACCAGGCAUGAAAUGUAAAGUUUUAAGGGUCUUUAACAAGAAUGAGAAACAUGAGAAAGUGGGUGAACAAAGUGAAAAUCAAAGAGAGCAACAAAAACAGCAGCAGCAGCACAAACAGCAGAAACAGCAGCAUAAUAAAAAGGAAAAAGAGAUUAAUGAGAAUCAUUUGGAGAAGUUGCAAACAGAAAGUACAUUAGCAUCGAAUCAACCAGGCAGUCACGAAAAGAAACAAUCACAUCACAAGAAAGCUAUGCAUACCGCUUUUGAACAAUUGGAUCAAGAGUCUUUUCUUUUUCUGAAUGCACCCACCCUAAAUGACGCAAAUACAUCAAUACAGUAUCUUGAAGAUGAAUAUAAACCAUUGAGUAAAAACCAAUUAAAAAAAUUAGCCAAAAAGAGCAAACAAGCUAAACAGCAAAAGGAAUUAGCAUCUUUAGAGAAUAAUACAGAAAAGUUUUAUCAAGAAUUGAUGAAUACUCAAGCCUUGGUUCUUUUGACCAUAGUUGAAGAAUUUGAUUUGACUGAAAGAAUACCUGGAUGGGUUGGUAAAAAAUUGAACAAGUUAUUUGGACGUAAUUCAAGAUGGCCUAUAUUGUGUAUAAAGUUUGGAUUACUAGGAUUUCAUUGGCCUUUCAAAAGAAGUACGUUUUAUUGCUCAGCGACAAAGAAACCUAUUGCAAGAAGUGCUAGUAUAUUAUAUGCCAUAUCGCACUGGAACAAAGUACAUGAAAAGUGUGCCGUAUUAUUAGACCCAGGGUAUAAAGAUGCUAGUUUUGAAGCAGGAGUAGAUUAUUCAGGAUGGAUAAAGAUUAAGUUGCCAAAUUCUCAUAUAAUUGACUUGCGUCCAUUCCAUAACCAAACAAGCACCGAGUAUUUCAAAGCAAUUAAAUACAGGAAUCAAGACAAUGCGUUUAAGCAAAGCCAGGGACAAGUUAUUGAGCUGUAUAAUUUCAAUUUUGAAAAUUGUCAAGAAAUCAUUGCCAUGAAUGAUAAUAUUGCACAAAACCGGCAACAAAAUGGUCAAUCAUCACAACUACUUCAUCCCGAUUGGGAGUUUAUUUAUAAUUUGGGGAAUUUCGCAAAUGAUCAGAAAUACAGAUCGCUUUUGUUUCUCAAGGUUGGCGAUAAAAUAAUUGCAUCGUGUGUAAUCUUUAGGCUUGGGGAAACAAUGACAUCAGAUAUCCAAGGCUUGGAUCAUGAGAUAAGUAAGAAAUAUAAAGCAUACUUUGUAAUGAUGCAAGAAGUAAUCAAAAUGGGUCUUCGGGAAAAUGUCAGUUUUAUUGAUUUUGGACCAACUACCGAAGAAGCUAAAGUUGCUAUUGGAUGUAGCGUUGUGCCACUUAUAGGGUCCAUAUACCCUAGACAUAAGUUUAUGGGUCCAAUCAUCAGAUUUGCUGCUAGUAAAGUUGAUGGUAUCAUCUGCUGGUUAUAUCUGCAGAGAUUUCCAGAUUUCAGUAUGAGCUUUUCAGGAACAUCGCGUGAACCAGACGCUAUUUACGAUACUCAUUAUGCCAAGUUUAAGUCGAUAUGUCAUUCGCUAUACACUAAUUAUCGUAUAACGAUGAAUGAACUUUUGAUAAUCAGUUUGUAUAUUUUGAAUUUUGUACUAUCGAGACUAAUUCAUUUCGGUGCCCCCGAGGAAGAGGUAUACAACUACUUCAACAACAAGGGGAACUUUUUGAAUUAUUUUUUUGUUAAACGUGGAUGGGGGUGGACUACACUUGUCAUUAUGUUUUAUUAUUUCGGACAUGUGUUUAGAUAUCUUAUUGAGUCAAAUAAGAAAAAGCUGAAUGAUAAGGAGGCCAAGAUUGGCACUGUUAUCGGAGGCGCGAUAUUGCGAUAUGGCUUAGCUACUAUUUGGUGGUAUCUAUUCACACAAUGGUGUUUUGGCUUACCUAUAAUGGAUAAGGUGUUUAUUUUUACAGGAGGCGCAUGCCAUCUUGAGCCGGUAAGUAGUAGUAGUAGUAGUGGCACAAUACCUCCAUUACGCGAAAAACAUACGAAUAUAGCAAAACAUUUUGUUCAGGAUAUCGAGACUAUGAUUUGGAAAAGUUCAUCAGUUACAUCGCGUAAUUGUCGUCAAGUGAAUGGAUCUUGGAUAGGCGGUCAUGAUCCUCUGGGUCACGUGUUCUUAAUGAUCCAUUCGAGUUUAUAUUUGUACUUUGAAUCUGCUAGAUUUUUCAACUGGAAAUCAUUAGUUCAAACGGCAUGUUAUUUUGUUGAUAAGAUUAAAGCGAAGAACAAUAAAAAUAAUAAUAAGAGAAUAGAUGUCAGAGUAGAGGAUACGGCACGUCUUAUUGGAGAUUUGGCGCAAUUGAGUAUUGUGUUUUUGAUUGCCUUGUGGUGGUUUAUGCUACUAAUGACAAAUGUCUAUUUCCAUUCGAUUUUGGAGAAAUUAGUUGGGUUGAUGUUUGGAUAUGUGGGUAUUUUUGUUAUUUAUUUCAUACCACGGUGGAUAAACAUUGGUGUAUAA